UGUGUUGUUUCGUUUUCUUUCCGUCCGAAACAAUGAGACGAUUGGCAACAGGCAACAGCAGCAGCGUGAGAGGAACGACACCGGCAAUCCAAUUACCUGCUUUUUCUCUCUCUUUCUUUUCCUAUAAUCUCGCCUUUUUCGCUUCCGUGUCUCAGCUUAGCGGCAACAAAACUUGACGGUGGACCAAAUUACCCUCCUUCUCCCCUUCAAAUCACCAAACCCUUCCCUUCCUUUUUCCACUCAGAUUCUCUCCACACCACAGUCAACUCAACGAUCCUCUCUCUCUCUCUCACUCUUCACGCCAUGCUCCCUUGAACCGUGAAACAAUGGAUUUGGUCGAAGGCGUCGGAGAGAGUUCCUCGCCGCCGCGCACCUUCAGCGGCUUCACCAACUACGACGUCAGGAGCGACGUAUACAACCGUUUGCUCGAAACCGGCCACGACCAAGCCGUUUCCAAUCCCGAGUUCCGCGAACAGUUGGAAGCUCACUUCAAUCGCUUGCCUCCGAGUUACGGUCUCGAUGUUAAUAUCGACAGAGCUGAAGACGUUCUGUUGCAUCAAACGCUUCUUGCUUUGGCAAGGGACCCUGACAAGCGUCCCGUCUACCAUAUACGCUUCCUCGAGAAUAUUUCAACUAGAGCAGACGAUGAAGAUCAACAAAUAUUAAGUACUCAUUAUAGCCUGGGGUUAUCUUCUCAUGCAACUAAUGGGGGAGCUGUAUCACCUGGUAAAAGUAAGGUGAGGGAUAUUGCUAAUGAGUUCGAGCCUUGCUCAAAGCUUGAGGACCUGAAUUUGGAUGUUAGAAAGAAAUCCAAGGAGACAGAGGGAGAAUUUCUCACUGACAGUUUUUUCCAGAGGAACGAACAUUCAAGUGUCCCAGUUCAUGAAAUAAUAUUUUCCUCUGUUGACAAGCCAAAGCUAUUAAGCCAGCUGUCCGCUUUGCUGUCUGAUAUUGGACUUAACAUUCGUGAAGCACAUGUUUUCUCCACAACUGAUGGCUAUUCGCUUGAUGUGUUUGUGGUGGAUGGAUGGCCAGUUGAGGAAACAGAUGAUUUGUAUGAUGCUAUGGAAAAAGCUGUAGCAAGAAGUGAGGGGUCGUGGUCUCGCUCUUCAAAUUCUCAUUCAGUUGUGGAGAAAGCCUUAGCAAUAGAAGGAAAAUCAAGAGAUUGGGAAAUAGACAGGCGGUUGCUAAAGUUGGGAGAAAAAAUAGCAUCUGGAUCCUCUGGAGAUUUGUAUCGUGGAGUUUAUCUCGGUGAAGAUGUUGCAGUUAAGGUUCUGAGAUCUGAGCAAUUGAAUGAUGCCUUAGAGGAUGAGUUUGCUCAAGAAGUAGCAAUUCUGAGGCAGGUGCAUCAUAAAAAUGUUGUUCGAUUCAUUGGUGCAUGUACAAAGUGUCCGCAUUUGUGCAUAGUAACAGUUUCUGUCUUUUGUGCAGAGUAUAUGCCUGGAGGAAGUCUGUAUGAUUAUGUGCACAAAAAUCAUAAUGUCUUGGAGCUGUCUCAAUUACUUAAAUUUGCAAUUGAUGUCUGCAAAGGUAUGGAGUAUUUGCAUGGAAACAACAUAAUUCACAGAGAUUUGAAGACGGCUAAUCUGCUGAUGGAUACACACAAAGUCGUUAAAGUCGCAGAUUUUGGAGUUGCUCGCUUCCUAAAUCAGGGGGGAGUGAUGACAGCAGAAACUGGAACAUAUAGAUGGAUGGCACCAGAGGUUAUAAACCAUCAGCCCUAUGAUCAGAAGGCGGAUGUAUUCAGUUUUUCCAUUGUACUGUGGGAAUUGGUGACCGCAAAGGUACCAUACGACACCAUGACUCCACUACAAGCUGCUUUGGGUGUGAGACAGGGACUGCGACCAGAACUACCAAAGCAUGGGCACCCUCAACUUUUAGAUUUGAUGCAAAGAUGUUGGGAAGCAAUUCCAAGCAACCGUCCAUCCUUUAAUGAGAUAACUGUUGAACUUGAAAAUCUUUUGCAAGGAAUGGAGAAUGAUUCAGAAGUGAAUGGUGUUUGACAUUUUCAGCAUAAACUAUAUUCCAGUUGUCUUGGGCGGUUGGGUUGAGCUGACCUUUUUUUCCUUCCCUCUUUGGCUAUUCAAAUAGCUGUAGAGUAUUUCCACGUUCCCUUGCGGCACCGAGGGAAAAAGGAGUUCAUAGAAGUUGUGACCAAUACGAAGUGAGAAAAUGUAAAGAGGCAUACUAAUGAUAUAGCUGGCUAUAAUUAAAAUGCGUUCCACGUGGCUAUUGAUGUGUUCUGGUAGCCCAAAACAAAUAGUUGACGUAAAAUCAAUGAAGUGUAUAGUGAGGGUAAUUCUGUUGAGCGUAAAUGUUUCUUUUCUUUUUUCAUUUUGGGGUGAGGGGGUUCAAGUAUUGAGCAUUGAUGUUUCAUACUGUAAAUGACAGGCAUGGGCCGAUGAGCCCAGGUAUCUAAACUAGUUUAAUGCAAUGUGUUAUUCACCUUUGUCAUAGUUUUCA